AUGAAGAAGGAAGAGAAGGGGAAGAAGAAGGAAGAAGAAAGAAAAGGGAAAAAGGACAGAAGAAGGAAGAGGAGAGGAAGAAGAAAGAAAGGGAAGAAAGGGGAAGAAGAAGAGGAAAAGGAAGAAGAGCAGAAGAGGAUGAAGGGGAAAAGAGGGAAGAAUAGGAAGAAUAGGAAGAAGAGAAAGAAAGAGAAAGAGGAGAAAGGAAGAGAAAGAAGAGAACGAGGAGAGGAAAAGAGAGAAGAGAAAGAAAGGGAGAGAAGAGGAAUGAAGAGAAGAAGAGGAAGAAGGGGAAGAAAGGGGAAGAAGGGAAGAAGAGGAAGAGAGGAAGAAAGGAAGAAGGGGAAGAAGAGGAAGUAA